ACCGAGCAGCCGAAGAAGGAACGGCAGCAAAGACAAGCAAACAGCGAAGCGCUCUCCACUCUCCACUCUCCUCUCCAGGCCUCUCGCACCGCUCCCUCGCUCCUUAUCAGUGGUCAGCCCCAAAGAGCGCGCAUGGAGAACUCUGGGCGGGAGCGGGAGCGGGAGAGCGCCGCCAAGUGAUCGGACCCAAUCCGCUGUGAAUUAUAGGCACCUUAUCAGUUUAUAAUAUUUCGUACAGGUUUCGUGCUUCCAAUUGUGUUGUCCGCAUGCAAAUAACACGGCACUUUCGGUCGGCAGCGGGGGGGGUCGGGGAUGGUCUCGACUGCUUACGCCUUUCUGGCUUAGUGUUAAAUAUUAAUUAACAAAUUUGCUCGAGUUGAACUGUGCGUAAAUCGAAAUCACAACGGCCAUAAAAAGCGAAUACAAUCAUAGCAAUCAUUGUGUUUAGACCACACUGAGCACUAUUAUACUCUAUUCCAUGUCGAACCCCACUUCUUAUUUCCUGUUCGCUUAGAAAUGAAUUUAUUUUGCGGUGCACACGGAUAAACAGUUAUUUCCAUCGCCUGCAUUUCGAAUUUUAUCCGCUGCAGAAGACUGAAGCACAGUGUGGCAAACCCUAUUACGUUUUCUGUUUUUAAAACUGUUUUUAUUUUACAUUUUUUUUUGCGCUUUUACUUAUUCAAAUUUUACAACCCCAUCAUUUUUGCUUUUCCCCUGCAAUCGCAAUCGAACUUUGCCCAUGCAGCCUACUGCAGCUGAACUUGCAAAUCGAUUAGGCUCGCGUGCCACCCAAGCUGCAGCCAAAAGAAGUGCAGUAUCAAGGUCGGCGAUGAGACAAGUUCCCCGCGGGCCACAGCGAAUGCCCGAUGCUCUACGGGCUACGGGCUUGGUGGAGCGGUACAUACAGCUCGCCCUCGUGAGGAGUCACGCAGUCAGCGAGCGCAUUGGAAAUCAUACUUGACCGCGCUUCGCACUGAUCGCAUAAUUUGCUGUACAAAUAUGUGAUUUCUAAUGCUAAAAAUACACACCAGCCCCAAGACCAUGCUGACCAGGCUGACUAGACUGGGCCGUCGGUCACAGUAAUGGACAUCUCCCAACCGGACGACCUAUACAAGGAGGAGGAGACUGUCCGUCAGCCAUCGCUCAUACCGAGAGAUCCCCUCGAGGUGUUCAAUUGGAUAGCUUCUUUGGAUGUGGACAAGCUGGAGGACGAGACACCACCCGUCAGUUUCUACUUCGAUUUGGUGGAGACAAAGGAUGUUGAACUGGCCUGCAGUGUCAACACCGGAAAGCUUGUAACGCUCGGUUGUCAGACCGAUGUGUCGCAGCCAGACUAUUCAUCCAACGCAACGUUGGCACCAACGGAUCUGAAAUUAUCAAUACCCGAAGAUGCCCCAGCCUGCCCAUGUCCGGACGCAUCUGGUGAUGAAGUAUCAAUUACUAUAUUUGCAGAAAGCGAAUCUGAACCCAAACCACAUGAGAACUCCGAGCGCCCACCGAGUCGCUCUUCGUUUUUCGGCAUGUUGCUGAAGGCGGUCCUGGCACUGUCCGUGGUGCACACCCUCUAUGUUCUGUCGACGAUCGGCUUUGAGACCUUCAAGAACCGCGUAUGUCAGUCAUCUGCCCUGAAUAUGACACCGCCUCAGACUUCGUCGAUCAGGGAGACAGUCGCUUCCCUGCCCGAGAGCAUUUGGCGCAGUGUUGAAGCUAAAAUGGCGAGCCUGCGAGCCCGCUUCAGAUAAGUCCGCUCCUGGAUGUCGGACUUUGUUAGUUUCAGCUUGGUUAUUUAUAAACCCAUCCCGCUAUUUUUACGCCUAUGGCAGCAGUUGCUGUUUCAGUCGAUUCCUUCGCCGUCGACGUCCACUGUUUGCUGUUGUUCUCGUUGCCGGCGGCGUUAGAGAUUACGAGUAACACGGACUGCCCGAAAAUACGGAUUGCUGUUGUUGUGUACCCGGGACAACAACAACUAUCCGGCCCAGCGAUAAGCGUCGGAAUCAACACGAAUCUCGGUCAAUAGCUCACCGAUCCAUAGCCAAAUAAACGCCAAGCUGAGUCUCCAGUUCAAAUCAAAAUUUCUCGCUCUCCCUUGUGCCCUGCGUAAAAUAUUCCAUGGCGCUGGUUAUGCUACACCACCUAAUCCGCGCAUCCGUGGACAAUGAUCCCGCGCAUCGGGCGGGCGCCUUAUCGGAACCAAGCACCUUUCGCCCAUUGUCGCCUAAUAGGUGCAUUCACUCGCCUCCUUCCCAUCCGAAACGGAACUCGAUCCCGACCGGCGUCAUCGCUCUGGGCACUGCUACUAUCUGAUCACACCUGGCAAUUGGGGGGGUCGUCGUGAAAGGCAUUAAUUCUUAACUAACCAAAAAAGCUCUUUAAUGUAUGAACAAAAUAAACAUCGUUGA